AUGAGAAAGGUGGAACAAAUGCUAACUAAUGAACAACUUCAGUAUUUAAACGAAUAUUAUCUGAUGAAAAAAAAACCAACUAUUAAUGAAGUUCUAUUAAUAUGCAAUGAGUGGAAUGUCAAAGGGAUUGGAUGGUUGGUUGAUAUAGAGAACUGGUUUUUCGGUCAUCGAGCACUUGAACUAGAAAUUCAACAGCGACUCCGUCUAGCACGAAAAGCUGCUGCUUAA